AUGGGUUUCAAAACUUACCUAAUGAAUCGAUUUAAUUCUCGACGAUUUCGUCUCAAUGGGAUUCUGCCAUCGACACGACUUCCAAGCAAACAAAAGCUGUGCUUAGCUUUCCGAGAUCACGUACAGUAUAAUGCUGCUCAACUUCCACCCAAGGUUGAUCUGCGCAAUGAUAUGACGCCCGUUGAAGAUCAAUCGAAGAUCGGUAGUUGCGUAGCUAACUGUCUUGCUGGAGCGUACGAAUACUUGACAAAGAAAAGUGAUGGACGAAACACGGAUGUUAGUCGUUUAUUUAUCUAUUACAAUAGUCGAGCUAAAGAUGGUCGAUCAGGACUAUCUGAUUCGGGUUGCUCGAUGACCAGUGGUAUCGAAGCAUUAGAAGAAUUCGGUACCUGUCUUGAAUCUCUUUGGCCUUAUAACGUUGUGGAUGUCAAUGCACGACCCAGUGAUCAAGCUUAUCAAGAAGCAAAAAAGCACACGAUCAAGGAAGCGCUUCAGAUCGAUAUUGAUUUGCACGAAAUGAAAUCGUGUCUUGCCCAAGGCUUUCCAUUCGCAUUUGGAUUGAGAUUGUAUCGGUCGUUUGAUCGAGCGUCUACAACAGGUGUUGUUCCAAUGCCGAAUACAUCCGAACGAAUACGUUCAUCACACGGAAGUCAUGCGCUAUUAGCUGUCGGUUACAGUGAUCAUUCCAGAUCGUUCAUUGUUCGAAAUUCAUGGGGAGCAGAUUGGGGAGAUCAAGGAUAUUGUUACAUACCGUACGAUUAUAUGACAAAUCCCAAGCUGUGUUUUGAUGCUUGGGCAGUUCGAAAAUUAUCCAACGAUAGUUUUGGAAAAGAACAUUGGGAUAAUGUCGAUGCGAUCAAUUAUCUCAAAGCUGCUGUCAUGGAACUGAUGUCAAUGGAUAAUAGUAACGAUGAUGACAACCUUGCAAUUGAACAGGUAGUUGAAGAUGACGAACCACGUCAAGGUCAAUACGGUGCUAAUAGCGGUUAUCAGCAUCAUCCAUGGCCGAACAAUGGUGGUGGAUUUCCUCCACCUCCUCCUGCUUGGCAUCAACCACAUGGUAUGAGUAAAUUCUCAUCGGUGUUCGCCGGACAAUAUAUCAUUCGUUUAACUAUUCUUUCAGGCUAUCCCUAUCAGGGAAAUAAUAUGCCACCGUAUCCUAAUCAACCACAACCGUAUGGUGGAGGAUACGGGGUCCCCAACUAUCAACAUCAACCUGGUUUUCCACCAUACAAUAACUCUGGCGGUUAUUUUCCAAAUCAGUAUCAAAAUAAUUUUCCACCAGUCAAUCCAAAUUAUCCGAACAACUUUCCACCGCAUCCGGCUUCGCUCGCUGAUUUUAUGAAUUCCGAGAGUCAAAAUCAACCAUUCGGAAUGGCACCGAAUUACAACCGUGGUCCAUAUAAUAAUCCGAAUCAAUAUUAG